AUGGCGACGUUUGUGAUGCAAUCCUUGGGCUGCGAUGUGUCUGCAAUCAACACGGUGCACUACAGCAAUCAUACCGCAUACAAGCAGGUUAAAGGCACGAAGACGUCCGCCGAGGAGAUGCUCAACCUAUACGAAGGUCUUCGCCAAUCGAAUCUGACAAACUUCGACGUACUAUUGACCGGUUACGUACCGAGCGCCGAAGCCGUGCAAGCUAUAGGGAAGAUUGGCAGAGAUGUCAAGUUCAACGCUGGCACGAAGCCAGGAAGCUUCUUCUGGGUGUUGGACCCUGUCAUGGGUGACAACGGCAAGCUCUACAUUCCAGAGGACGAAGUACCUGAAUACAAGGCACUGCUGCGCGAGGCAGACCUGAUCCUGCCCAACCAGUUCGAGGCAGAGGCACCUUCCAAGCCCGUGUCCACUUCAGGAUCUGGCCCACACACCCCAUCCGAAGCACAGUCACUUGAUGCCUCGACCUCGCAUCCUUCAACAUGGCCAACAUCAUUAUCGUCCGAACAGUCACAAAACCCAGAGAUAAACCUCGAAGAGGUGGAGAAUUUGACCAUUAUUGGCUCAACCGCGACGUCCGAUUACAAGCCCCGCCUGUUUAGGAUAGAUACCCCUCAAUUGCCUCUAUUCUUUUCCGGCACCGGCGACAUGUUCGCCGCCCUCACGGUCCCGCGCCUUAUCGAAGCCGUACAAGCCACGCCAGAACUCUCCUCCAAACCCAGUUGGCGCUCGCCAGACGACGUCCCCGCCGAAGAACUCCCUCUCGCCAAAGCAGCCCAGAAAGUACUCGCAUCGAUGCAAGCAAUUCUCACCAAGACAACGGAAACAUGCCAGGAGAAGAUGAAAUCGUACGACACGCGCGCAGCAAAAGAAGGACGAGGCGAGGGCGACGAGGCGGACGAGGAAGUGGCGAAGAAGAGACAUCUCGCACUUACGAAUGCGAGCGAAGUCAAGGUCGUGCGGUAUGUCAAGGAGUUGCUCAACCCGCCUAAUCUGGAGCGUUUCAAGCCAAAAGCUGUGCCCGAGGGAGCAAAGGUUCCGGACCAUGUUGGAGAGAGGCAGGCGGAUGAAUUGAAAGUGCUGCAUUUGGGCGUUGGGCCGAAGGGCGAGGGUGCGGUCCAGGUGCAGGAGGGAGAGACGACGGAUAAGACGCUGAAAGGUGGUUUGGAGGGUGAGGUUGAGACGGACUUGAAGGAGAGCGGGUUGAAGGAUGUUGAGCCAAAUGUGUUGGAGUCGAAAGAGGCGGAAAAAUUCAGGGGAGAAUCAUCGAAGGAGAAGCCAUAG